AUGUAGUGAAUGCGGGGUCCUGGGAGACCAGAUGUAGUGAAUGCGGGGUCCUGGGAGACCGGAUGUAGUGAAUGCGGGGUCCUGGGAGACCAGAUGUAGUGAAUGCGGGGUCCGGGGAGACCAGAUGUAGUGAAUGCGGGGUCCGGGGAGACCGGAUGUAGCGAAUGCGGGGUCCGGGGAGACCGGAUGUAGUGAAUGCGGGGUCCGGGGAGACCAGAUAUAGUGAAUGCGGGGUCCUGGGGAGACCAGAUAUAGUGAAUGCGGGGUCCUGGGAGACCAGAUAUAAUAUAGUGAAUGCGGGGUCCGGGCAGACCAGAUAUAGUGAAUGCAGGUCCGGGGAGACCAGAUAUAGUGAAUGCAGCGUCCGGGAGACCGGAUAUAGAGUGAAUGCAGGGUCCUGGGAGACCGAAUAUAGUGAAUGCGGGGUCCUGAGUGACCAGAUAUAGUGAAUGCAGGGUCCUGGGAGACCAGAUAUAGUGAAUGCAGGGUCCUGGGAGACCAGAUAUAGUGAAUGCGGGGUCCGGGGAGACCGGAUAGAGUAAAUGCCGGGGUCCGGGGA